CAUGGCCGACGACGGCGAGCGGCUCGAGCUCCUCCACGGCGACCUCGACCUGACCAUCCACGAGGCGUGCGGCCUCCCCAACAUGGACGUCCUCUCCACCAUCCUCCGCCGGCUCUGCAUCCGGCCCCGCCGUCUCCCCAGCCGCAACGUCGACGCCGACACCGACGCCGACAGCCCCCUCCGCCGCCGCCGCCGCCGCCGCCAAAAGCCUCGCGGCCGCCACAGCAUCGUCCCGACCUCCGACCCCUACGCCGUCGUCGCCGUGUCGGGGCCGGACGGCCCGGACACCACGCUCGCGCGCACCUACGUCGUCCGCAACUCCGAGGCCCCGGACUGGUCGGCGCGCAUACGCAUCCCCCUCGCGCACGAGGCCUCCCGCCUCGUCCUCCAGGUCAGGGACUCCGACCCCUUCGGCUCCGACCUCAUCGGCUUCGCCACCCUCCCGGCCGCAACCCUCCUCGACGGCAAGCCCAUCGCGGACGCCUGGCUCCCGCUGCUCCGCCCGGACGGCCGCGGCCCGCCGAAACCCAACUCCGCCAUCCGCGUCUCCCUCACCUUCACCCCCGCAUCGUCGUCGUCCUCCCGGCGGCGCCACCGCUUCGGCGGCGUGCCGGCGUACUUCCCGGCGCGGCACGGGUGCGAGCUGAAGCUGUACCAGGACGCGCACGUGGCGGUGGGGGCGCCGUGCUCGUACGAGCGCGGGCGGUGCUGGGAGGACGUGUGCAUGGCGGUGCUGGGGGCGCAGAAGCUGGUGUACGUGGCGGGGUGGGCGGUGGGCGCGAGGGUGCGGCUGCUGCGGGAGGAGAUGUCGCCGGAGAUGGCGGAGAAGGCGGCGGAGGUGAGGGCGCUGGCCGGCGUGGAGGUGGAGAAGAUGGCGCUGGGGGAUCUGCUCAAGUACAAGUCGCAGGAGGGCGUACGCGUCUGCCUCCUCGUCUCUGACCAUCACGACACUCCCCUGCACCCCAGCUUCUUCCUAAACACGGGAGGCAUGAUGCAAACUAGUGGCGAAGACACGAAGAAGUUUUUCAAACAGUCAUCUGUGAUUUGUGUACUCUCGCAUCGCUACCCUAGAAGCAAAGUCGAUAUGGCCAAGCAAAAGGUGGUGGGCACGCCGUACGCGCACAACCAGAAGAGCAUCCUCGUCGACACGCCGGCGUCCGAGGCCACCCGCCGGAUCACGGCUUUUCUGGGCGGCCUCGACCUCGCCGCUGGCCGAUACGACACCCCGGCCCACCGGCUCUUCGGGGACCUCGACACCGUCUUCCGGGGGGACAUCCACAACCCCACGCUCGGCGACGCCGCCGGGGAGAACGGGCCCCGUCUGCCGUGGCACGACAUGCACUGCCGCCUCGACGGCGCCGCCGCGUACGACGUCCUCAAGAACUUCGAGCAGCGGUGGCGGAGGGCGACGGCCAGGCACUUGAAGGCGUCCAAGCACGGGAAGGACGAUGCCCUGCUGAAGCUCCAGCGCAUCCCCUGGAUCCUCAGCCCGGUCGUCGCCGACGGCGAAGAUGACGCCCUGCGCGUCCUGCCGGAGGAUGACCCCCGGUGCUGGCACGCGCAGGUGUUCCGGUCGGUGGACGCCGGGUCGGUGAAGGGGUUCCCGCGCUCCUGGGAGACGGAGGAGAUGGAGGCGCGGCACCUGCUCUGCGACAAGAGCCUGGCCGUGGAGCAGAGCAUCCACGCGGCGUACGUGGCGGCGAUCCGCGCCGCCGACCGGUUCGUGUACCUCGAGACCGAGCGCUUCCUGGGGUCGUCGUACGCGUGGCCGGCGCCGUUCCGGCACCCGGGCGCCGGCAACCUGGUGCCGAUGGAGAUCGCGCUGAAGGCGGCGAGCAAGAUCAGGGCCGGGGAGGACUUCGCGGCGUACGUGGUGCUGCCGAUGUGGCCGGCGGCGGAGGGGCCGCCUGGGUCGGCGCCGACGCAGGAGGCCCUCUUCUGGCAGGGGAAGACGAUGCAGGCGAUGUACGAGGUCGUCACGUCGGCGAUCGUGGAGGCCGGGGCCAGCGGCAGAGCGCACCCGCAGGACUACCUCAACUUCUACUGCCUCGGCAACCGCGAACAGGCACCGGCGGAUCUGUACGGACGGGCGGCGGAGACGGGGACGAGCCCGGCGGCGCUGGCGCGGAGGCACGGACGGUUCAUGGUGUACGUGCACUCCAAGGGGAUGGUCGUGGACGACGAGUACGUGCUCCUCGGCUCCGCGAACGUCAACCAGCGCUCCCUCUCCGGCUCCCGCGACACCGAGAUCGCCGUCGGCGCGCACCAGCCGCAUCACACCGGCCGGCGGCCGCGCGGGCAGGUGCACCGGUACAGGAUGUCGCUGUGGGAGGAGCACCUGGGCGGGCUGGCUGAGGUGCUGAAGGCGCCGGAGUCGCCGGAGUGCGUGAGGCUGGUGAAUCAGGUGGCCCGGGAGAACUGGGACAGGUACACGGACGAGGGGGAGGUGGUGGAGACGAUGCAGGGGCACCUGAUGAAGUAUCCGGUGGAGGUGGACCACGACGGCAGCGUGUGGCCGCUGACGGGGCACGAGUUCUUCCCCGACGUCGGCGGCAGGGUCCUAGGCUCCACCAACAAGUUUCCCGAUCAUCUCACCAUGUAGCCUUCCUACUGAGUACUGACCCUUUGAGCUCUAACAUUAUGUUUACACAAAUUAAGGGAAAUGGGAUUUGUAGCAACCUACUGCACACUUACAACGCGUUUGAGUUCACAAAAGCUAUAUGUAAGUUGACUAAAUUUAUAAUUUGGAUAAGUCGAUUUUGUGAGAG